GAAUCUCUUUUGCCUUAUCCCGACUGCAUUCACUUUGCUUUUGCACAGAUCCCUACUUCUUCCGGAAAUUCAGAAACUGGCGAGAGUGCAGAUAAUUCCUCUGUGGAAAAGAACACAUCUGAAAGUGACAGUGAUGAAGUUGAUGGCAACAAUAUAUGUGGUUUCAGAAAGAAAAAGGGACUCAAAGGCCCUACAAAGUGUGUUUCUCCUUCAAAAAAUGAGAAGAUGGAGCCGUCCCGCACCUCAAAAACCCCAGGUCCUUGUCCCCUCCAAGGAAGCGCUGGUAGCCCAGCAGAACCACCACCAGACCAGUCUCUUCCAAACCCGACCAGCUUGCCUCCAGUACAAAAGGACGGUGGUGACAGUUCCCGUACUGGCAGUGAUGGGAAAGAAAACACGGCUGGAGAAACACGAGAAAUCCAGGAAAAUGUGGACACGGGGAAAAGAAUAAUAGUAAAAAUGUAUGAGGAAAUAGAUAUGCCGGCUAAACCAGAGCAGGCCUCGGGCGUGUGGCCUAUGAGGAGCAGAGGGAAAGCAGAGGCAGCACGCAGGGGAGAGGGCAGUGAGGAGACACAGAGUGCCCAAGGACGGAGUGGGGUGGAAGAAAAAGAAGUCAAGUUUCACAUGACGAAAGUGGGCUCCAUUGGCAGUGCUGUGAGCACCCACGGAAGGGGAACUGCAGAGUCCUUCAUGGGGGCAUCAGACAUUUCUAAAUGGAGUUUGCAAGCGUUGAAAACCCUGCUGAGUGAAGGUCCUCGGUCUGAUUAUGGGCUCAAUUACAGCAACAGGGCGAGUGGUGCUUUUUCUCCAAAGAAUUCAAAGCCCCAGGAGAAAAUGGCUGACAAGCAAGGACGCCCCUUUGAGACUUUUAGCCCCCUUUUUGGCGAGGAGAAUCGAAAGUACCACAGCUUCCACAAGAAGGUAGUGGGGCAGCAGAGCAAACCUUUCCUGGUCCUCAGCUGUGCAGGCUCUGAUCCGCAGCAGCCGGUGGGAAGCGACAUGGAUCAGCUUGUCCUGAGACUACCAUCGGCUUCUAGAAACGCAGAACACACGGCUUCCGAAAUUCAGGUUGACUCCGCCACAGGCCAUGCUGCAUCCAGCAGAGAGCCUGAUGUAAACAACCUGGGAAGUCCAUCUCUCCUUCACCUGGUCUCUCAUAUUGAAUUUAUUAAGCAGCAGAUGGCCAGGGACAGCGUACUGUUCGUCAGGUUCGAAUCAAUAGAUCUCCAUGGUGUGUCAAGAUCAAAGAAUGUUCCUUCUCGCUUUUUUCACGAAAAAGCAAUCCAUGGUGUUGCCAUGCCCAGAAGUUAUCUAGAGCUGACCCUCAACCCUAAAGAUAAUGAAUUAGAUUACAUCAAUGCCACCAAUUUUAAUUGUGACAUCAUCCUGAACCCGGACUUAUCCACCUUUCGAAUCCUGCCCUGGACGGAGCAGACCGCGAGGGUGAUAUGCGACUCCUUCACCGUGCUGGGCAACCCGCUCAUGACCUCCCCGAGGCACAUCGCCAAAAAGCAGCUGAGCCAGCUCCAGGACAGCGGCUUUUCUCUGCACUCUGCCUUCACUUACGAAUUCUGUAUUUAUGGCAUCACCGAGGUCAUAAAUUCGAAGACAAUAUCCUUUCCUGCAGCCACGAUACUAAAUAACCAUGACCAGACUUUCAUUCAAGAGCUCAUUGAAGGAAUGUAUUAUGCUGGUGCCAACAUUGAAAGCUUUUCUUCUUCCAGUGGGCCUGGGCAGAUGGAGGUCACUUUUCAUCCAGCAUUUGGCUUAGAUGCUGCUGACAGUGCCUUCACAUUCAGAACGGGCAUUAAAGAGGUGGCUAAGAAAUAUAACUACGUGGCCAGCUUUUUCUCAGAGUCGGGUUUCUACAAUUCAGGUGCUCUGUCACAUAGCCUGUGGGAUUUGGAUGGCCAGAAGAAUUUGUUUUCUGCUGGUUAUGGAGUCGAGGAGCUCUCAGAUAUCGGCAAAAAUUGGUUAUCGGGUCUCUUGGCACACACAGCGGCUAUCAGCUGCUUGAUGGCUCCUACCACCAGCUGCCGUAAGCCUUAUUCAAAAUACAGUAAAGAAUCAAAGGAGACUGUAAAUGCAAAAUGGGCAUACAACGAUAACAGCUGUGCCUUUAAUGUCAAAUGUCAUGGUGGAAAAGGCACUCACAUAGAGAAUAAAUUGAGUUCUGCCACAGCAAACCCCUACCUGGUGCUUGCUGCUACUAUCGCUGCAGGUCUAGAUGGAGUCAAGAGAGGGCUUAGGUAUGAUGAUAUGCUCCAAGAAGAAAACCACACUGGUGAUCUGAAACAUUCCUCGGUCCCUCUGAAACUGGAAGAUGCUCUUGUGGCACUGGAGAAAGAUACGUGCAUUAAGGAAGCAUUAGGGGAAACUUUUGUCCGAUACUUUAUUGCCAUGAAACAUUACGAGUUAGAAACUGAAGAGAUGGAUAUUGAGAGGAAUAAAUGCCUGGGGUAUUUCAUUUAGAAGGAGCACUCUUCUGUGGUGAUGCUGUGUAAAUGCAUACAGGGAAUGGUGAAGCAUCUUGAAAUUAGUAAACUUAUUUAAAAAUGUU